AUGUAUUUCCUGAGCCCGACAGUGGACUCAGCUAUCUUUACGUUGCUUGCCAUUCUCAUCCCCACCAUAUUGGCAGCACUUUCCGCCACAUCGACACCCAGUUCAGCUGCCAAUGCUCGAGAAAUUCGUAGAAUCACAGAGUCGAUAGCACCAUAUCGACCGGAACUCGGCCUAGCCCUCACCAUCCACACCCUCUUCAUCCUGUACCGCCUUAUAUUCGCUCAACCGCCCAAUAUUUUCACUUUCUUGAAUGCGCCACUCUCCAUCCCUGGUCCAAGACUUCGGGAUCUCCUGCAGAGUAGAAUCAAUAAUGACGCUUCUGGAGAAUUUGUGAUGAGCCCCGGUUUGGAGGACCUCAUUACGCGACUAUCGUCUUUCGACGUGCGCACCAUUUUCAUCAGAUUCGGCCAACAAGCCGUCGAAUCCUGCAUACACUGCCACACACUUUUCGACUACGCACUCUAUAGUCUCCCACGACCAUUGCUGGAGUACGUCCGCGAAGUGGCCUUUAUAGGCUUACUUACCAUCCAUGGGUCGGGGCCUGUUAUGCAAGGACGGAGGACACUCGGUGUUGCAUUAUUGAUGACCGCCGGAAUCGGAGAGGCUGGCUGGCUUUAUACAGUCCCAAUCGCAUUGAGGAAUACGAGGGAUGUCAUUUAUAUGGUCUCAACCCAACAACCCAUCCAUACCCCUCCUUCUCCCCUCCUCCGCUUCCUUUCUCGCCUACCCUUUCCGCUAUCUCUCGUCUUUUAUCCACUCGCAGUUGCCUUCCGCCCACCUUCGACCCCGCCGCCCCCGCCGCUCAAUGAUUCCCUCCUCCGCACGGCUCGUACAACGGACGCUGCUCUAGGAAGACUCACAUUGUUGAACCUGGCCAGAGCGGCAAUAUUGCGGGAUGACGAGUUGAGGGAGAAAGUGAGAAGGUAUUGGGAAGUGCAGGGCGGCGUUGGGAGGGCUAUCAGGACGGACGAGGCUGUUAAGCAGGGAGCCAGGAGUAGAGGCUUGGGGUAUACUUGUUUGGAUGAAAAGGGAGACGAGGCUGCGGAGAGCGUGACGGAUGAUGAGAAGGAUGGAAAUGCGCUGGGAAAUAUGGCGAGACAGGCGAUCGAUGGAUUGAAGAAGAUUGGGUUCAGUCCGGUUUCUUGA